AUGUCCCCCUUCAACUGUCCAGGCCGCAUGCCAAUGACCUCUUCAUCAUAUCCAAACUACUCUGGCAUGGGUCGCACGCUCAGUUUCAACACACAAGACCUCAUGAAAAUGCAAGAUAUUCUUAGGGAACCAUCUGAGAAUGUUCCUAAGACUUCAACUCCUCAAACACCUUGCGUGAAUCAACAACGAGGGGAACGAGUGCAACGAGUUAUGGUGCCUAGGGGAUGUGGAACCGGCGGCCGAUAUGACUCACCCGGUCGCCAACAUUAG